CAAGCUUCUCCUCCUUCUUUCCAAAACCCAAACCAAACAAAAAUGCAGAACCCUGCACUUUCUGUGUCUUCUUUCAUUCCAUUUCUCAAACCUCCUAACAGAAACCCUAACGCUAAAGUCACCGUGCUUUCACACUCUUCGUCUUCGACACAAUUAGACCUCCAUUCUCGUUGCGGAAUCUCAUGGCAAAGAAAUUUGGACACAUUUUCUUCUUCUUCUUCAUCUUUUCAUUCCAAGGCUCAAAUCCCAGCUUCCUUCCUAGUACCGAGUGGAAGAUACCAAAAUUUGAUAGCGAGGGCCGCGUCGGUGCCCGAGAGUGCUAAUGAGGGUGCGAGACGAGAUGAAUUGGCUCAGACAUUGCAGCUUGGAUCCAUGUUUGGAAUUUGGUACCUUCUAAACAUUUACUUCAAUAUCUUUAAUAAACAGGUUCUGAAAGUCUAUCCAUUUCCAACGACGGUUACAGCGUUUUACUCCGGCUGUGGGGCCGUGAUGAUUCUCCUAAUGUUGGGUUUCAAUCUCUACCCCAGACCAAAGAUUACUCGAUCUCAGCUUGCAGCAAUACUACCACUGGCUCUGGCUCACACAUUGGGAAACUUGUUGACCAACGUCAGUCUUGGAAAAGUUGCUGUUUCUUUCACUCACACCAUCAAAGCUAUGGAGCCGUUUUUCACGGUUGUACUCUCCGCCCUCCUUCUUGCAGAGAGACCAACACUCUGGGUAGUUUCUUCCCUAGUACCAAUUGUAGGUGGAGUGGCAUUGACAUCCUUCACUGAGGCAUCUUUCAAUUGGAUCGGCUUCUGCAGUGCAAUGGCUUCCAAUCUUACCAACCAAUCACGAAAUGUAUUUAGCAAGAAGGUCAUGGUUAACCACGAGGAAACUUUGGACAACAUCAAUCUCUUCUCGGUAAUAACAAUCAUUUCCUUCAUCCUGUUGGUUCCCUCGGCUAUUUUAUUGGAAGGAGUUAGGUUUAGUCCUUCUUAUCUACAAUCUGCUGCAAACCAAGGAUUGAACAUCAGAGAGCUAUUUGUGAGAUCACUUCUAGCAGGAUUCUGCUUCCAUGCUUACCAGCAGGUCUCAUAUAUGAUACUACAGAUGGUAUCACCUGUGACCCACGCAGUAGGAAAUUGUGUAAAGCGCGUGGUGGUCAUAGUAUCCUCAGUCAUCUUCUUCCAAACACCUGUUUCACCCAUAAAUUCCCUUGGUACUGUACUGGCUCUGGCUGGAGUCUUCUUGUACUCAAGAGCCAAACGUAUUAAGCCAAAGCCCAAGAUUGCAUAAGCUUGUAAAUUUCAAAAGUUGAAGGGGGUUCAACUUGGUAAUUGUAAAGCAUUUUAGUUUUUUUUUUUUCCUUAUUUUUAUCUUUUUUG